UAAAUCUGUCACAAAUAUUCACAUUGACAAAUCGAAAGUAAAUAAAUCCGAAGUGCUACAACAUUAAGUUUAUUUUCACAGUUCAAUUUUUGGAACAAUUAUAAAAAUGACUGCUUUAGAUGACUUGCCUGACGUCACCUCUUUCUUCGGAAUUGAUCUUAAGACAGGUUCAAUGAUAAUAGCAGCUCUCGGUGUGGUACAUCCAAUGGCCUACGGGUGCUCUUUUUUUAUACCUUUGAGUUAUCUUUUAGUCACAAUAUGGAUUUUAGUAGCCUUAUAUUUUGCGGCUAGCGUUGUACUAUUUUUUGGACUCGCAAAGGAUUCGCCAUCUCUAUGUAUUAUUUGGAUUUGGUACUCGGUUAUCUUUGUGGCGGUUAUGUUAAUGAUGAUGAUGCUAUUGGCCAUAGUCUUCACCUCAAGAAAACAAAGAAGCAGAGUGAUCAUUGUCCUACUUGGCAUGCUCUGGUAUAUUUUGACCAUCUAUUUCAUCUUGGUGGUUAACAGUCAUCGGAAACAAUUGCUGGGUCCAGGCUGGGGAAGCCUUUCUACCUUCACAGAGAAGAUAGGCUUCCGAAAUUAAUAUUGAAAAUAUUAAUAGAUUAUUCUAAUAAAUGUAAUGUUAUUUACAAACAUCUGCUUUAUU